AUGGUGGUAUUCGUGGUCGGCGCGAUCAGGGCUGCCCAGAAGGCGGCGGGCGUGGUCGAGAUGAAUAGGCAGAUAUCAGAGCACAACCUCGACUCGUCCCUGGCCAUCCUCACAUACGUGAAGCACAACAAACUCUUCGAAUUCCACCUCUUUGAGGACUACGCGAUUAUGCGGGUGUCGAUUGGGGGUUUCCGGUUUGGCGACAUGACUUACACCGUCGAAUACUCUGGCGAAAAGGUUGCAAGGAAGGGCUCGCACCAUGCUGAGAUUGGCAAGCUGUGGUACACUGUCGACAUGGCGGAUUUCUUGAAGACGCUCAAGGUCCUGCACAGAGAUAAGCUGCGAAUCCCAAAGUACGCCUUCCGGGAUGUGGCAGGCAUGACGCUUGAGCGGCGAGCACUGAUUCGCUCUCUAUAUGAACCGCUGCCGCUAAGACGAGGAAGCACGAUGGUCCAUUAA